GGGGCGGCCAGCCGAGCCGUGCCCACCGGCCCGCGAGCCGCGCGUCCCGGGCGUCCGUCGGUGCCGGAGGCGCCUCCCGCAGGGAGACUCGGCGCGGCCGCGCUCCCGCGUGGUCCGCAGCGGCUGGGGGCCCGGGACGUGCCGGGCCGCGAGGCCGAGCCGAGGCGCCCCCCAGCGGCCGGCGCCGGCCCCAUGGCUGCGCCGGGCGGAGCGGAACCGGCGAGGUGAAGCCCCCGGGCCGGUGGCCGGAGCGCGUGGCGGGGGCGCCGGCUCCAUGGGCAGCAGCGCACAGCGGCACGAUGAUGGACGUUAACAGCAGCGGCCGCCCGGACCUCUACGGGCACCUCCGCUCUUUGCUCCUGCCGGAGGUGGGGCGCGGGCUGCCGGACCUGAGCCCCGACGGCGCCGGCCCGGUCGCGGGCUCCUGGGCGCCUCACCUGCUGCGCGGGGUCCCAGAGGUGACCGCCAGCCCGGUGCCCACCUGGGACGCGCCGCCGGACAAUGCCUCCGGCUGCUGGGAGCAGAUCAACUACGGCAGAGCCGAGAAAGUUGUGAUCGGUUCCAUCCUGACGCUCAUCACGCUGCUGACGAUCGCCGGCAACUGCCUGGUGGUGAUCUCGGUGUGCUUCGUCAAGAAGCUCCGCCAGCCCUCCAACUACCUGAUCGUGUCCCUGGCGCUGGCCGACCUCUCGGUGGCCGUGGCGGUCAUGCCCUUCGUCAGCGUCACCGACCUCAUCGGGGGCAAGUGGAUCUUUGGCCACUUCUUCUGCAACGUCUUCAUCGCCAUGGACGUCAUGUGCUGCACGGCCUCGAUCAUGACCCUGUGCGUGAUCAGCAUCGACAGGUACCUUGGGAUCACGAGGCCGCUCACGUACCCGGUGAGGCAGAAUGGGAAGUGCAUGGCCAAAAUGAUUCUCUCCGUCUGGCUUCUUUCUGCCUCCAUCACGUUACCGCCGCUCUUCGGAUGGGCUAAGAACGUCAACGACGACAAGGUGUGCUUGAUCAGCCAGGACUUCGGCUACACCAUCUACUCCACGGCAGUGGCAUUUUAUAUCCCCAUGUCGGUCAUGCUGUUCAUGUACUACCGGAUUUACAAGGCCGCCCGCAAGAGCGCCGCCAAGCACAAGUUCCCCGGCUUCCCUCGCCCCGAGGAGCCCGACAGCAUCAUCUCCCUGAACGGCAUGGUGAAGCUCCAGAAGGAGGUGGAGGAGUGUGCCAACCUUUCGAGACUCCUCAAACACGAGAGGAAAAACAUCUCCAUCUUUAAGAGGGAGCAGAAAGCAGCCACCACCUUGGGGAUCAUCGUCGGGGCGUUCACCGUGUGCUGGCUGCCGUUUUUCCUCCUCUCGACGGCCAGACCCUUCAUCUGCGGCACCGCCUGCAGCUGCAUCCCGCUGUGGGUGGAGAGGACAUUUCUGUGGCUGGGCUAUGCAAACUCCCUCAUUAACCCUUUUAUAUAUGCCUUCUUCAACCGGGACCUGAGGACCACCUACCGCAGCCUGCUCCAGUGCCAGUACCGGAAUAUCAACCGCAAGCUCUCGGCCGCAGGCAUGCAUGAGGCCCUGAAGCUCGCCGAGAGGCCGGAGAGACCCGAGUUUGUGCUUCUCACAGUGGGAGAGAUGGUGUAGAGGAGCGACCGGACAGCAGGAAGUCCACUUGGAACAUAAAAGUUUGUCACCUGUAGGAAAAUGAGAUAUAACUGUAUCCACAGAGAACUGCAGAGCUAGAGGAAGCUCAUGGGUGACCUAGGACAACCCCCUACUGUUUAGCAGGAUCAGUAGACCUAAAAGUGCAGCUCAGGAAAUACGGUCAGAACAAACAUAACAUGGAGAACAAGAAAAAAAAGUCAACACUGGCCGUCAUCCCCUGAAAGCGUUCGGUUAGGGACAGCCGGACGGUUCCCGGACUGAGAAAUGACGAGCAUAAUCAUGACGUGUGCAGGACACUGUGUGCAAGGCCUGUCCACAGCAUGUGGUGAAUGCUGACCUGAAGGCGCUGAAAGGAUUCUGUGAAUCCUGCAGCCGUUUAGUUACUUGCAGACUCCCAGGGGCCUGUGCAGCUGAAAGCGUGCUGUUAUCCAGACCCAUCUGUGUGACUUGGGCCGGAUCUUUCUCCUGCUCACGAUGGAGCCAACAACUAGCUUUUGAAAGCAAAAACGAGUGAGGGUGAGUCAGUAACAAGUGAGAUUUGUCAGGGAGGUUUGGCCAGUUGCCGGCAUCCUAGCUAGUCUCUGUGGAGACGUGCUUCUGUGAGACAGUUUCGGCUGCCCUUCCGGCGUAAGAGAGCAAUCCCGGUGAAGAAUGUUGACUGUCAUCUCCAUUAUUCCAUCAACUUCCUCAUCAACGGCUUGGGAUGAAAUGUUAGAAUAGAUUUUGGAAGUGGAGGUAAAAUGAAGACCUGAAACUAUUCUGGAUGCAUGAAUCAAAGACUACUCUUUAUACUGCUUAUGCUCCUGGCUCUUAGAAAUUUAAUUGCAGCAAGCUUUUAAAUAUUGGCUUUUAACUUAUCUACAAAAAAAAUGAAUAAAUAAAAAAUAAAAGAUUUAGUUAAUUAAAUCAGUUGAGGGAAGAUGGGGCCCAAUUCCCAUUCAUCCAUUUGGAUCAUGCAGAGCAUAGAUUUUAUGGAUGAAAACCAUCCCUAAAUAUUAUACCAUAAAUUGUAGUGGGGCACGGAAGUUUACGGCCAUACUUGUGUAAUAUGGACUGAGAUAGAAUGUCUCCACUUCUAUCUCAUCACACAAAAAUAAAAAGAACACUCAUUUAUGUAAUUUAUCUACUGUUGGUAAGGACAGUUGAGAUAAAAACCCAUGUUUUCAUGAAAAAAAACUCAUAACCAGAGUUUUAGAAUGAUCUUAUUAGGCAAGUUUGAGCUUCUGAAAGAAUAAAACAGAACUUUUAAAUUUGAUAUUUCAAAAAAGCAAGAAAAAGAAUGAAGUAUCAUAAAUAACCAUCUAUUAUAUUGUCGUUUUGUCAUAUUUCAAGUCCUUUUUAAUAAAAGAAGAUUUAAUAUACACUUAAGAACCCUUUUGUAUCCUUUAUAAUGGUGCGUGACCUUGGGCAAAUCCCCUAAUCUCUGUGUUUCUGUACAUCAGUCACUUCAUCUGUAAAAUGAGGAUAACACUAUCCAGCACCUCAUGGGAUUGUUGACAGUGUAUACAAUGAAUACCAGUGUAAAGAAUGAAGAACAGAGCCUGACCCACUGAUGCCCAAAUGGCGUCCACUGUGAUAGCUCUUAUGCAAUCCUACCUGUGGGUAAGACGCUUGAAUUCCUAGAAAGGUACUUGUGUUAAGAGUAAGGUUUUGACAGUGAAGUUGACUGUAUAGAGUUCUGGUAUAUAUGGGCUGUGGAAUGCUCCAAAGAAUAAGAUUGUAGUGAGGAUAUUUAGUAUGAUAAUAUUGGCAUAUUCUGCUAGGAAAAAUAGGGUGAGGGGACCUGCUGUGUAUUCAACGUUGAAUCCAGAAACGAGUUCUGAUUCUCCUUCUGUUAGGUCAAAGGGAGCUUGAUUGGUUUCUGCUAAUGUUGAAAUGAACCAUAUUAUGGCUGAGGGCCAUGUGGGGAAAACUAUUCAUAUGUGUUCUUGGAUGGUAAUUGAUGUGGCUAGUGUGAAGGAUCCAUUUAUUAGUAGUUCUGAUCGGAGGGAUGAUGGCUAGUGCGACUUCGUAUGGGAUUGUCCUCAAUCCCAUUCUUCUGCCAGAAGCAGGCAUUUUCCUUGACGUUAUGGUACCUCCUUCUAAUCAGUGCUUGUCUGCUUUUAAUACAUGACAGUUGUAUUUUUUUUAGUUUCCCUAACUAUGUAAAUUUUACAUGUAUUGUCAUAGUGUGUGUACCAUCCUUCUGUGGCCUGCUUUUUUCUCAGUGCUAGGUUUUUGACAUCUUUUCAUAUUGAGAGUUAUAGGUCAAGUUUUUCCAUUUUAAUUGGACUAUAAUACUUGGUUAGCUGAAUAUACAGUGACUCAUUCCUCCGUUUUUGCUCUUAUGGACAUUUAGCUUUCAUCUAGAUUUUUGUAACUAUAAAAAAAUGCUGUUGUGAGCAUUUAUGGAUGUGUCACCCUACACAUGUUAGGGAGCAUUUGUAAUAUAUGGGGUUUCCCAGCCCUUUUCACUUGGGUCACUCUGCCAGAUGUCACUGUGCCUCUAAUCCAAGGCUGCCCCGAGAGCUGAAGAGGUCAGCAUCUUGUGUCAUGACCACUGCCCACUGACCUGUUUAGUGCAGACCUGUUGGAAAACUCUGCCCAGAAUACUGGUCUUCAAAUUAGGGUAUAUGCACUGCACCAAUUUCCAUCCCCACUCCACUGCCUACACACACAUAGACGCGCGCACAUGCACGUGUGUGCGUAUGUAUAUUUACGCACACACACACGUUUUCCCAAUAUGGAUGUUGCUAAAGUAGUUGAUUUCCACAUCCUAAACUUGACCUGCCUGAGGGCCACAUGCAGUUUCCACCUCAUCAUUCACUAUCUUUUUCUCCCAUUUUCUAAAAGAAAGGUCUCUUACCCACCUAAGAUCCUAAUAUAAUGUCUCAAAGGGACAAUUCAAAAUAUUGGGAUCCACAUGGUCUUCUUUAAUUGAGGGCCUAUAAAUCUGCUAUAGGGCCUCCUGACUUUCCUUGCACAUAAUCUGUUAAAGGCAAAAACUUGGGUAGAGUUUAAAACUCAGAUAAAAUACAGGAUGUCUAGUUAAAUUUUAAUUUCAGGUAAACCACAGGUAGUUUUGUAUUACUUUAGUAUAAAUAUAUCCUGAUCUAGUAUGUCUCAAUAUGAGCUGUGGGAACAUUUAUAUUGAAAAAUUGUUGUUUUCUGAAAUUCAAAUUUAACUGGGCAUCCUAUGUGUGUAUGCAUGAGAGAGAGAGAGGCAGAUAGAAAGUUUGCUAAAUUUGGCAACCCUAGUGGAGUUAGAGCUGGUGCUUUCAUCCAUGGGAUGAUCUGGAUUCAGAUAUAAUGUCAAGCGGGUGUCAGGACAUUUUUUGUUUAAUGAUUUCUCCUGUUCUUUCUCCUGAUUGUCAAAGAACACAUCGCUCCUGAAGAGGAGUUGUGUGAGCAAAACAGGUUUACACUGUCUCGAUUAUUGGUGGGAUUGAACUUCUUUUUCAUGCACGGUUUGACCAGCUGUCGUUUCCUCUUCUGCGGGUUGUCUCCCUCAUAUCUUAGCCUGUUUGCCGGUUGUUAAGAGUGACCUGUCCCCAUUCCAAUCUGGUCAUUUGGCAGGACUCUUGUUGCUGCGGGAGAAGAGUCCAAACAAAACAGAGGAUGGAUCCUGUCCACAUGCCCUUGACAUGUUCUGGGACAUGAUUCCUAACACUCUCAUGUUAUGAAUUUCCUGAGGACUCUUCUGUGAUGACCUCUGUGUGCUUAACCAAUAUCGUAAGCAUCAAUUAUUUUGGAAUAAAACAAAAUAAAAUCAACCACAUAAAAAAACUUCUAUCAGAAAGCGUUUGGUACAGAGUUUGCUGGAAAAUUCCUCAUGUUUCAUGUCUCCUUUUUUUGAUCCCAUUUUUGAUUGACAGUGGAUGGAGGUGGUCAAUAUACCAGAGCGCCAUGAAGUGACAAAGAGCAUUUCUUGAAGAAACCUCAGCAGAGUGAUGGGUGAUCAUUUGGUUCGAUAACACCAAAGGCUGGAUGAAUUUACCCAGAGAGGACCGUAAUGAAAAUCUGAAAUAACCUUUAUAAUUUUCAAGUGAGGAAAUGAAGGCCAAACAUGAGAGGCUACAAUAAGAGUAUACUGGUUUGGGCUUCCAGGCCAUGCCCGCUGAAACAUGUAAGAAACCAACUACUGUAUGCGAUGCGGUGGUUCUAAAGGCUUACGACUGCUUUUUCACAAACCGCUGUCCUCAUUUAGCCACAGUCCAUGGAGAUGGAGAAGGCUCUAAAAGUUCCAGAAUCAUCCUAACUCUCCAAAGAAGACUGGCAUUUGCUAGUUUGAAACUCUGCAAUGGAGAUGGUCCAAUGACUUGAUUGCCUUUGUAGACUACAGUGAAAUUUCCUCUUUGCUCCUUGGGUCUAAGUAAAUGUCAGGAAUACUGAAAGGUUGGAAGUGAAUGGUUCUAUCAACAAAUCCAUACUGAUUGGAUGUAGUGGCAUAAAAUGAACUCAGAAACCCAUCACCCUCCAGAGACAUGUCUAGUAAGAAGUUGCUAUGGCUGGUGUUAAAGAGGUUGCUGCCUGUGUUCUCCUCUAGGAUUUUGAUGGUUUCCUGUCUCACAUGCAUUGUGCCAAGAACAGGGGAUAUAAUGAUGAACAAGAAACAGAUACAAACAAAUAAGGGAUGAUCUGUGCUACUUUGAGGAAAAACUCAAAGCGACCAGGAAAGAAAGAAGAUGGAUCCGGGAGCAUGGUGGGUGUGUUGGGAGGUAGACAUACUUCAAAGAGGGACGUUACUAAGCAUACACAAAUGUUGUUGACCCAGCUUGGCCGACACACCUAUCUGGAAGGUGACGGUAUAGCCAUUCAGGCAAUGUUUAUAUGUUUAUGCACAAAAAAAAAAAUGUUAUCUCUCUGCCUCACAGGUAUUUUAUAAACACAAGCAAUUCCUUCUGUGUAUCACUGCCAUGAUGUUGGAAACACUGCAUCGCCAGUAACCAGCAGAGAGCCUGGGACAUAGCAGGCAUGUGAUCGUGUUGAAUAACAACACUCACGAAUAAAUGAAAGGCACUUUUAGAACAAUAGGAUGUUGAAUUUAUGGUGUCAUAAAAUAAAUCAGUUCCACAUUU